AUGUCGGUGGUGAAUUCAAACUCUUCGCCGUUGGAAAAUGGCGGUUUCGGCCUAUAUCGCGGUUUCAGCACCAGCUCUGAAAAAUUGGGGCCCAUAACAACACCUGGUACUUCGUCUCCAGGUAAACAAGGCUCUAUGACUCUGGCAGGCUCAAGCUCUAGCAACAACAACUCCCCAUUGCAUUUAGCCACCAUGCUGAACAACCUGACUAUGAAUGGAACUACUUCACAGGGGAAUGCGGUUUCUCCCACUCCUGGACCCUUUGUGCUGAAACUGUCAAACAUUCCAGAAGAUAUCACCAUCAGGGAAUGUCAUGCCCUUUUUGCAGUUGCAAUUGGUGUGUCCAACAUUGAAUUAAUCAGAACCUCGAACAAUACGAACAAUUUUGACCAAUCCAACGCGAUUAUUGCCAAAUUUGAUUCCUUGCAUUUAGCAUCGCAGUAUGCUUCAAUACUUGACGGAAAAUUUCUAAUAUUUGGUCCGGAAUAUCCUUACAAGUUAAAGGUUGAAGUUUUUGACGAAUCAACUCAUCAGCAUAUCUCAUUCCAGCAACAAGUUCAGUUAUCUCCCAAGUAUUCUGCUCAAGCCUUGCAAUCUCAGACAAACCUGCAGCAGUCUCACGCCGGGGAGUCGGGCCAUAGGCAACAGUCAACACAGUCACAGUCUUCAAAAGCCCAAGCACAGCCAUCGCAAGUUACUCAUGAUCAACAGGACAGCCAGCCGCAAAACGCAUUUCAGCUACCUAGUUCAUCAAAUGUGGUUUCUCCUCCUCAAUCAGCAUCCUCGGUCAAAAGACCUGGUCUGUAUGCUCAGCGGUCCAGAUUUUCGUUCUCGGAUCCUUUCGCCGAGAACAAUACUCAAUCACAACCAGCAUCUCAUGACGUGGCUACAACACCGUUGAAAUCUCAAGACGCCGGUAAAUCUUUCUUAUUGAUGGAAAACGAUGAAAUAAAUGAAAGCAUUUGGGGGUCUAAUGGUGGCAUGCCUUCUAGUAUAGGAGGACUUGCGGCAAACUCCCAGCCAGCAACACCGUCGCUUGAGUGGGGAGCACCUCAAAGGAGACAGAGCUCAUCGUUUUUUAAUCCUGUUCCCACUAACACCGUUCCGUCUAAUGACAUGCCGAUGAACUUAUCAUCUACACUACCGCACCCAAUGGGAGCAAACCUUCCACAGCAUUCGAAUUUGCCUUUCAGCAUUGUGGGACAUGGUCAAGCAACAAACACACCUUCUUCUUCGGACGUUGUUUUACCCCAGCAGAGUAGUGGACAGCAAGCUUCUCAAAACACUCUCCCGCCCGCUGUCCCGCAGUCACAGGAACCUCAGAGCUCAAAUGCAUCCCAGAAGUCCGUAAGCCAAAGGCCUACCACAUCGAAAGGAUCUCAAUCGAAUCUCGUCAUUCCGCAAAAAACACCUUCGUCACCUUCCUUAGCGUCGACUGGAGGCAUCUCUCAGGUAGAUCUUUCAUUGUUAGCUCGCGUUCCUCCUCCCGCCAACCCGGCUGAUCAGAACCCACCUUGCAAUACCUUAUACGUGGGAAAUUUGCCCCCUGAUGCUACUGAACAUGAGCUUCGCCAACUGUUUUCAACCCAAAAAGGAUUCAGAAGACUUUCUUUUAGAAAUAAGAAUACAAAUGGUAAUGGGCAUGGACCAAUGUGCUUUGUCGAGUUUGAAGACGUUGCCCAUGCCACUCGUGCUCUUGCUGAGUUAUAUGGUAGGCAACUCCCUCGAACUAAUACGAAUCAUAACAACAAGGGUGGCAUUAGGUUAAGCUUUUCGAAAAACCCCUUAGGAGUUAGGGGCCCCAGCAGUAGAAGGAGUGGGAACGGGGGGAGCGUCGGUAACGGGAACUACAGCUACACCUCGGCCUUCAGUAAAUGA